AUGGCUUAUGACCGAUUUGUGGCCAUCUGCCAUCCCCUGAACUAUAUUAUCAUCAUGACCCCGUGGUUAUGUAUCCGACUAGUUCUGUUGUCAUGGAUAAUCAUUUUCUGCUUUGCCCUACUUCAUAUUCUCCUGCUGAUGCAACUGACCUUUUCUAUUGGAACUGAAAUCCCACAUUUCUACUGUGAACUGGCUAUGAUUAUUAAGGUGGCCACUUUAGAUAUCUUUGUCCAUGUUAAUAUCAUCAUGAUGUAUGUUUCAUUUAUCCUGUCAGUUGUGUGUCCCAUUACUGGGAUCCUCUUAUCUUAUUCUCAGAUUGUAUCCUCAUUAGUGAGAUUGUCCUCCACUGCAAGCAAGUAUAAAGCAUUUUCCACCUGUGGGUCUCACCUCUCUGUGGUCUUCUUGUUCUAUGGAACAGGACUUGGUGUUUACCUCAGUUCAGCUGUUACUCAUUCCACCAGUGAAAGCUCUGUUGCUUCUGUGAUGUACACUGUGGUGACCCCCAUGCUGAACCCCUUCAUCUACAGCCUAAGGAAUAAGGAUGUGAAGGAUGCCCUUGGGAGACUCCUCAACAGAGUGUCUUCUGGUCCUUGA